AUGCCUAUCUGUACAUGUACGAUUAACAAAAUAUAUAAGUUUCGAUUCAUACCCUCUCCUUGUUGUUGUGAUUUGUCUGUCCCCCUCGCGCGUUUUCCUCACUCAUUCGCGCUCUCAUCUUUACUAAAAAUUACUCGCGUAUUUUUGUUUAGAAUGAGCGGCGGAGCGACUACAACGACCACGAGUCGUUCACGAACGCUCGUAAAUGACCUGCCAGGGACCAUACGGAAAGGCACACUCUGCGUCGAUCGCGCUCGUCAAUCCUCGCUUGUUCUCGCGGGAACAGAGUGCGGCCACGUUUUCAUCACCGACUUGCGUUUGUCAACUGUCUCCCGAAACAAAGACAUUGAAGGAAAAGAAAAACAACAACAACAACAACAACAACAACAAAAGUGGAGAUUCAAAGGCGAGGAGAUUGGAGCGUGUUUGUUCGAUGCAAUAGAUCCGGAAAGAUACGUUUAUUUUGCCCGUAACGCGGUGCUCGAAAUGCACGACAGACGUAAAACUACUUCCUCCUCCUCCUCGAACGACGACGACGUACAACAAACAAAGUCAAAAAUAUUUUCGAGAACUUUUUCAGACGAUGUUAGUGCGUUAGCGCUUGAUGCAAAGUGUCACAGGAUGGCCGUAGCUGACGACAGUGGUGAUGUAAACGUAGUGAGUUUAGCGAUGAGAGAAGAUGGAGGAGAAGAAUUCCCACUCAUGCAAACGUUUAAGAACGCGCACGGCGACGCCUCGAGCGGGUGCGCCACGGCUGUGAGCUUUCGAGCGCACAAACCUGAGGAGAUCAUCUCUGCUGGAUACGACUGUACGGUGAAAAAAUGGGAGAUUAAUCGCAAGAACAAAGAGCUAAACGUGUGGAAAAUAAAAGAGGUGCAAUCGGCACGAAAAGGAAACGAAGCGUUCGUUGAAUCGACGUCUACGGCGUUCAAUCCGCCGUUCAUAAACUCCAUGAAAUGUUGGGAGGAGGAUACGUUCGUUGGUAGUAAUAGUAUUAAUAGUAGUAGCAGUAACAGCAAUAUUAGCAUUGGUAGCAUGAAACGUUUGUGCGUUGUGGCAAGAGGUGAUGGUAUUGUCUCGGUAUUAGAUUUAGAUGGUAAAACAGGUUCCUCAAAGAAGAAUACGUCCAACGGCAAAAAGAAGAGCGGCGGCAGCGCCAUGCCUUUACAGAAUUUCUCCGCCAUACACUUAGGCGAGGCGAUGAAAGAGGAUGGUUCUCGAUUCGGUCACACCCACGCGUGUUCUUACGCGCAAUUUUUGCCUAGACACGAGGGAUCGAAAAUCAUCUCUGGAGGUUUGGAUGGAAAAAUAGUCAUCUGGGAUUGGACGCUCGAACGCGAAGAGAGUGCCAACAAAGUGCUCGAAACAGGAGGCGUUCUGGAAACAAUCGAGCACGGUUUGAAGGUGUCUGCGAUAGCCACGGGUGAUUUCGUCGACGACUCCGUUGUAGUUAUUGCCGACGUCUCAAAGUCUAUAUCCGCGUAUACGUUAGAAUAA